AUGUCGCCCGCGCAGUACCCACCUUCGCCCCCCUCAUCAACCUCGCUCCCCGAGCACUGGCAGUUCGUGCCGCCGCCGACCGACGGGCCCAACACGCGCGCUCGCCGAGCUCAGGGCCUCCAGCCGUACUCGGGCACGUCGGCGCCUCUUCCUUCCAGCGUGGUCGCGAGGGGGCCGCAGGGAGCAGGAGCAGGAGCAGGGUACGGCGCGGCAGAGGAGGAGCACGGCGGAGACUGGGACUCGUGGCCGCAGGGCGGCGACUCGCAGCAGCCGCAGUACUGGUGCUCGGCGGGCCCGUCGUCGAGCGGCGCGACGUACUACAUGAUCGACCCGGCCCUCAGCUUCGACUCGGCGCAACCCCCUCCUCCUCCACUGCCACCUUCCUCCUUCCCUCCUCCGCCCUCGUCUACCGCCUACUCUCAGCAGCCGCACGGCCCGCACGACCGCGACGACGACCACCGCCGCGUCUUCUCGACGGCGUCCGUCAUCGACCACGGCUCGCCGCCCGACUCGCCCGGCUCGACGCCGGCGCUCCCCGACCUCCCCGAGGAGCUCGAGCUCGAGCCCGUCGUCGCGGCGAAGGGCCUGCCCGCGAUCGGCAUCUCGAAGGAGGAGUGGCUCCGGCUCGGCGGGUUCGAGCCCGAGUCGCCCGGCGAGGCUCGUCCGGCGCCGACGCUGCCUCGCCGCGCUGUCGAGCCGCAGUACGCCGCGGUCAUCGACGAGCACGACGACGUCUUCCACACGCCGCCGCGUCAGCACCCGCACUCGGCGCAGCCGUACCCGCCGCACGGACCCUCGUGGGCCCUCCCUCCUCCGCCAGCCUCGGCCCCUCCCUUGGCGACCUACACCCUCCCGCCCGUGCACGCCUCCUCGACGCACCCUCACAACCCGUUCGCCGCCGCUCCCCAUCACCCGCUCCCGCCCACGCCGUCCGUCUUUGCGUCGCCCAAGCGCGAGCCGGCCGAGUCGAGCUGGCCCUCGUCCCGUCCGCCGACGCGCUCGUCGCUCCGCAACGCGCCCUCGCCCGUCGACCCGACGCGCCUGCGCCCCGAGCCGUACCCGACCUCGAGCUCGGCGUCGUGGUCGGCCACCUCGCCGCGCAACCUGACGCCCGUCAGCACGGCGCUCGCCCUGUACGCGUGCCACCCGGUCCCGUCGGCGCCGCCGGUCCAGUCGACCUACGCGAUGGCCAAGAAGAAGAAGCACGGCCGCAAGUUCUCGGACAACCACGUGCCGCGCCCGAGGAACGCCUUCAUCCUGUUCCGGUCGCACGCCGUCUCGACCGACCUCAUCCCCAAGUCGAUGGGUAUCACCGACCACAAGAACAUCUCGCAGGUCGUCGGCUCGGUCUGGCGCGGCCUGUCGCCCGUCGAGCGCAAGAAGUGGGAGGACCUCGCCGCCGAGGAGAAGCGCCUUCACUCGGAGCGCUACCCGGAGUACAAGUACCAGCCCAAGCAGCGCCGGCCGAGAGCGCCCGUCGGCUCGGGCAAGAAGGCCAUGGCCAAGGCGGCCAAGCUCGCCGAGAACCACGAGCCCGCCGUCGCGGCCGUGCCAGACGUCGCCGACGACAUCGAGGUCAACUCGGACGCCGCCGAGGACGAGUCCGCGCCGGGCGCCGCGUCCGACCCGGAUUUCGAGGUCGCGCCGUCGCCACGUCGCCCUCGCCGCAAGAGCACCGCCGCCGCCAACUCGCGCUCGUCACCGCUCAAGCGUCGGUCGAAGCGGCCGUCGCUGCACAAGGACGUCGACCCGGUGCGCGAGCAGCGCCGCAUGGAGCUCAUCGGGCAGGCCAUGCUCGAGGGCGAGGACGACGAGGCCAUCAUCCCUCGCGUCGAGGCCGAGCUCGCCGCCGAGGAGCGCGCACUCGGCGACAUCGCCGUCGUCUCGUCGCCUUCGCCCUCAUUGUCCACGUCGCCGGCCAAGCCGCCGUCCCGCACGCGCUCGUCGCCCGUCAAGCCCGGCACGAGCGCCGUCACGCCGCGCAAGACGCGCUCAUCGAUCCACCAGCGCCUCACGCACGCCUCGUCGCCUGUGUCGCCCGACAUCGUCGUGCGCAGCGGCGGCGGCGGGCCGGCGUACGACUCGGACUCGACCCUGUCGCCCUCGCCGCACUGUCGCGCGAGGCUUGCCGGCUCGCCCGCCUCGUCCACGUCGCCGUCGCCGCAGCGCAUGCAGCAGCCUGGCGGCUCGAGGGCACGUUCGCCGCCGUCGUCGUCGGGCGCGAGGCACCCGCUGUCGCGCUCGGUUACGCGGCGGCAGCAGGGCGAUGACGAGUACGGCGAGGGCGACGACGACGACCUGCCUGCGUCGUGCCGCACCGACAAGGCGCGCAGCUACGCUAGCGCGGCCCUUGGUGUCGCAGCGCCGUCGUCGGCGCACGACGACCCGCAGUACACGUUCCCCCUGCCACCUCUCUCCCAGCUCGGCCCGGCGUCGCUCGGCGGCCCGCUCAACACGCCCUUCGCCGGCGCCGCCGACUCGCGCCAGUUCUCGCUCGGGCGGUGGGAGCUGCGCAAGCCGUCGGCGGCCGUGGCCAGUCGGCGCGAGCUCCUCGCCGCGCAGGAGGAGGACGCGCUCCUGAACGCGGCGAGCAUCGGCCCCGGGUCGAGCACGAGCGGGUGGCUCGACCGCACCGCGUCGUCGAUGGCGCCCGCUUCGUCGUCCUCGUUCGUCAGCGUCGACCCUCAGCGGCAGCAGGCGACGCCGCCACCGACCUUCUCGCUCGACCCGCACGAGUUCCUCGCCGCGUCCGGGCUCGACGACGCGGCCAACGACGCCCUGAGCGAGUACGGCACGGCGGCGGGCAGCGUCCUGUGGGACGACAGCGCGAGCUCGACGACGUACGAGACGGCGGCGUCGAGUGCGCCGACGAGGUCGACGUCGCGGUACGGCGGCCUGAGCGUCGGCACGGGCGCGCCGGGCGCGGGCACGGGCCGGCUCCCGCUGUUCCGCGCACCGUCGACGGCCUCGGCGGCGUCGUCGUCGGCGUUUGGAGGAGGAGGAGCAGGCUGCGGGUCGGCCUUCUCCGGCGAGGUCGACGAGCCUGCGUUCCACUUUGGCGAGGUGGACCUGUUUGCGCACCCGCCGUCGGCGUUCGGGACGGCCGAGCGCACCGUGUCGAGCGUGUUUGGGCCGCCGCCGAGCAUGGCGAGCGUCGUCGAGGACUGCAGCGGUGAGCUCGCGGCGGCGGCGGCGGCGCAGGUGGGGCUCGGAAUCCGGUUCGACGGGCGCGAGUACUAG